GCAGUAAGUACUACUGGUCUAUUAACCAGAUCGUACCACCCUGUCAGAAUAAUCCCUGUUGUGCCUUGGGCCGUCACACCAACCAAGCUUUCGUCCAACGUCACCCCGAGGAACGGGUUGUCUUGUCCUCCCUUGCUGGCUGUCUUCGACCCUGCGCAUCUUUCGGUCUGGACCAGCCACGGUUCUUGAUUUCUGUUUUACUUUUUCGAGCGGCUGCAGAGCCAGAGACUCACUAGUCCUUUGUUCUAUCGCACACAAGGUCUCUAUUGGUACCUUUUCUAACCCCUCACUCGCAUCCCCUCAGUCAUGCGAUUGUCAGUCGGGCGCGACUCAACCCUCGUGCCUGCUCAUCAGUAGUUUUGGCGGACGUGUUUCUUCCGUAUUUAUUCUUUGUCUUCGUUUGGAUAAUUCCAUCUGCCCUUCGAGCUUGCUAUAUGUAUGGCCUUGUGGGGGAUUGCGGUACACUAUGGGCUGUCUCUUUUCUCUACUGUCGCGUGAUGGCAGUCUCACGACAGAGACAAGAGAAGAGGAUCACACCGAGGAAUCUCACACGACCACUGCGUCAACCCAACAACAACAACAGCAGCAGCAGCAGCAGCAGCAGCAACACGCCUCUGCCGUGCUGCGUCCCAUCGAAGGAACCCCACGUGGACUUCGUACUGCCCACCGGGCUUCGAUUCCGAUUAAUCUCCCUCUAGGUGAACACUACAACCAGCCGAUCCGCCCACACGUGUGGAAGAGCAAGCGACGACUAUGGUCGACCGCCCAGCUGGCACGCGAACGAAAGGAGUUCUUCGAGACCCGCGUCACGGGGCGGGCGGAGGUCUGGGCUGCGUUGGCGACGGCGACGGCGCUGCUGCGCACGGGGGAUCUUCGCACGGCACAGAGCAUCAUCGACGCGGCGGGCGUCACAGUCCCGACGGGGGACAUGUGCGAAGGCUGCUACGACGAACAAGGGGGAUUGUAUAGACUGCCGCAGUGUAUCGUUGGUGAUCCGGAGAAUAUCAUUGAUUCUUCAACCGCCUCUUCUCCUGAUACUGCUUCCGCUACUGCGAAGAUCGGGUCUCAUGCUAGGACAAGCAGUCUGGUCCAUAAAGAUGACUACAAUGACUACGAUGACGAUGACGAUGACGAUGGUGAUGAUGAUGAUGAUGAUGAUGAUGAUGGCAAGCAGGGGGUCUCCGGGGAGACUUCCGGUGACGAGUUGAUCGCCAGCGACGCGGAACUCCGCCGAGACGAAAAGGGCAAAACCCGUGAGCGCGAUCUCAUCAGAGUCCACGCCCGGCUGAGUGAUCGCGGCGGACCGGACGUGGUAGUCUGUGUGGGAAAGACGCAGAGCGUGGGCUUUAUCGCUCGCAAGGUGCACCAUGAGGCGAGAGUCACUGGCCAUCAGCGAGUCCGGAUCGCUUAUCUGGGCAAGAUGCUCAAAGAACAUGAAUCGUUACCCGACCAGGGAUGGCAAGUUGGCCAUGUCGUCAAUGCGUUGGUCGUUGCCCAUGCUUCAUGACCUCAUCGUCUACCACAUCAUCUAUGCUUAAUCUCACCUACUUAUGCUUCAUGAUCUAUCUACGGCGUCGGCUCCCUUCCUGCACAAUACCCC